CAGCUCUAGAGGAAAUUCAAGAAGCCAAAGGUUUCCCUGACGUCAUAACAACAUUGAAGAAGCUGCUUGAUAGCCGUGGCGAAGAAUUGUACGAUCUUCGCUGGAACAAAGGCCAACUUUGGUCUGAUGGGCCAUCAAAUCCAAGCCGCUACGCUCAAAGUUUUCGCACUGAGGUAUGCAACUUGCGAGAAGAAUUAACACGGGAUCAGCACCAAGUGGAAGCAUCUGGUGUUAGACAUGCUGUCCGUCCAGAGGGAGACAAUUCAGAAGACACCGAAAUUCUUGACUCUGCAGGAGAAGGUAUGGAAGUAGAAUAUACAGAAGACGAGCUCAAAGAGAGAGAAAGCGCUCGUCGCGAAGUGAACGUCAGUGUGAUCCAAAAAUGGUACAGAAGAAGGAAGUUGGCGGAGAAAUUCAGUUUUCUCGCAAGAGUCUUGAAAGUUAGAAAACUUAGAAGGUUUGAGUCCAUUGAAGAACAGACCAGGUCGUCAUCGAACGCGUUAGAGGAACAUUUUGCCCAGUUCAGAGUCGACUCAUCUGCCUGUGGAAUUUGUGGAACAAAUUUUCAAGUUCAAAAGGAUGAGAGCCUCCCCAUGGGCAGUGAAGAUAAUGAAGAAGACCGUCACGGGAGCAACCAAGAGAUGAAUAGGACAUCACCAGACGAACAUAUGGAGACUGCAGAAGCCCACCGAAGUACUCAUGCACAUUUCCAAAAAGCCAAGGAAUUCCACCACUAUAAAGAACUCUAUUUACACAAAGUUCACCCCUCUUUGACGAAAGAAAACGAGCUGCGCAAAACGUUAGAAGAUCCUUCUUUGGCUGGUGAAAAGAAGCAAGUUGAACUAGAUUUGGAUCGUUUGGAGAGAAUCCAUUCUUCGAUAAACAACGAGGUGCAGUCCAUAGAAUCUUCUCUCAACUGGACCAACAUCAGCUCGCUUAUCAAUGAGUUAAAAUCAUUCGAAGACGCACUUCAGAAGACUGAAAAAAUUGUGGAACAAGCAAAAGAAGACUCUCUUAAGGCUAAAAUUGAAGAAGUGGAAUCAGAAAAUGAAAUAUUCCGCGAAGACAUCAAAGAAGACGACGGGGAAGAUGAAGAAAAUGCGUCUUUUAUAGAAUUUACUAGUGGAAAGGAAAAGGUUGGAAAAUCGAAGCGACGCAGUCGAAAGCGGAAAAGAUAGACUUGCGAGUCGAUGGUAAUCAGUUUAAAAUUGAAGAUGAAAACAAGACAAACUAUGCAUACUGCACUAGUGUUCAGAAUAGCCUGGUUGAGCAAAGGCGCUGUUACGCUGGGCAAUUUUUCUUGGAAUUUGUCUCAAUGGUCUCAAUUGCGUAGUGUAACAUCCCUUGAUAUUGAGAUGAACAUGUACAAAAUAGAAUCAAGUUCUACUCUUCUUAACAAUUACUGCACUGAAAAUCUUGUGAGACAGGUUUAUUCCAGGGCAUAUUACACGCACUAGGUAACGUUUUGUGCGACUUAUCUCAGUCGAAACGAUGCAACAAAAUUGCACGACAAGUUGCACAAAAAUUACCAGCGUUUCAAAGCUUUCAUCUCCUGUUGUAGGUUCUGUGUUUGCAUCAUUGAACCUAAAACCCUUUUCAACGACAUCAACUAACUGAUUUGAAAUUGUUCUCGAAAAAACAGGUAACACUCGCGAUAGUUAACAAAAUCAGUUUUCACUUGACCUUGAAAAUGUGUUUUGGUUAGACUUCGUCUUCUAUUUGGCAAAAGUCUAAUGUGUGAGUUUGUUUCCUUCUUUUUUUGCCUUUCUUGAACCACGUGCUUUAAUUUUUAGGCCUUGUGUGUCUUGCGUGUUCGUCUCCAGUUCGCGUGUUUGGUCACUAGCCAAUCAAAAUCCGCGCACUAACGCUAAAAACGUUCGUUAGAUCAACCAAUGAUCGCGAAUCCACGGGCAACCAGCUUUGUACAAAAUGCAGGAGACUUUCUACUCGACCAAACAUUAAAUGUCCGCUAAUGAUAGGAUUGUAGCAGUCUGCUCGUAACUGGAAAACUAAGCUGUUGACAAUACAACAACAAAUGGCAUGAGGGAAAUUUGCUAUAUCGACAUUUCAGUUAAAGGGGAGCUUCCCCAGAGCUGUAGUAUCACCUGGCCUGCAUGGGGUUAUCUGUUAGAUGAGUAUUGGUCAAAAUUCACUGAUAGCUGAGAGACGGGCUGAAAUUCUAACUGAUAGCUGAUAAAUGGCACAAACAUAAUAAUUGACAGACAACUGAACAUGAUAAUAUUUGAAAGUUGUACCUUUUAAGGGUAAAAAUGGUGGCUUGGUACUGCUUACAGUAUAGCUGGUUUUCACAUGACGUCACUAAAAUUCGAACUACAAAACUAUUGAUCUUCCUGAGAUUUUACUUAAA